GUCUUUGGGCGCGAGGAAAACCGAGAAGGGGAUUGAGUGUGUACAGAUUGGGACAUGUGGGGUCAGAGUCCUGCGCAGACAUUCAGCUUCCUCCACCUCUGCUCCAGCCUCCACCUGUCAGAAUUCCAUCCCGUCCCUUCAAGGUGUUGAGUUUCGCUCCAAGCAGUCACGUGACUCCGGUGUGACCCUCUACCUGUUUCCGCCUCCUCUUCGAAGCUGAAGCAGACCGACAUGGAGAUCUCAUUUGCAGGCAAACGGGCCCUGGUCACCGGUGCAGGAAAAGGAAUCGGCCGUGCGACAGCGUUGGCUCUGGCUCGCUGCGGGGCGAAGGUCACUGCUGUCACACGGACUCAGGCGGACCUGAACAGUCUGGUGCAGGAGUGUGACUCCAUCACUCCGGUGUGUGUGGACCUGGCGGACUGGGCUGCCACAGAGGCCGCCCUGCAGAACGUCGGCCCCAUCGACCUGCUGGUGAAUAACGCUGCUUGUGCCAAACUGCAGCCAUUUUUGGAGGUCACCCCUGACCAGUUUGACCAAUUGUUCAGUGUCAACGUGAAAGCUGUGCUGCACGUCUCCCAGAUCCGUGUGAACAGCGUGAACCCCACUGUGGUGAUGACUGAGAUGGGCCGACUGGGUUGGAGUGACCCGGAAAAAGCCAAGACCAUGACAGCCCGCAUCCCCCUGGGACGCUUCGCAGAGGUGGAAGACGUGGUCAACACGAUUUUAUUCCUGCUGAGUGAUAAGAGUAAAAUGACCAAUGGAGUCAUGCUGCCGGUGGACGGAGGCUUCCUGGCCUGCUGACCUUCAUGAACCUGGUCUCAGCAUCUCUUCCUGCUUAGAGGGAAAAGAAGAGCUUCCCAUCUCAUCAUCUGACUACUUCUUAAACACAGAGGUCAAUCUGAUUCACUGAAUAAACUCAAUCACUGCCCAGAUCACCUGAA